AUGAACAACGACGUUAUACCUUAUUCUGGUUAUACUCAUCUUGUCUCCUACCUUAAGGAGCACACAGCGCGGUCAUAUUCUGAAUUUUUGGAACUUCAUCGCAGUGUCAUCCUUGAUUCGCAGCCUUUUUCAGACGAUUGGAGCAUUCUUGACCUUACCUGGUCUCGUAGGUUUCUGAAGCAAGUGAAAAAGCUGAAGUCAGACUGCUAUGAGGCUGUGGAAAAGCAGGUCAUGUAUUUGAUUCUAUUUUUAACAAGGGAGCUCCUGUCUAUUGUUGUCUGGACUAGGAGUAUUGGCUGUUAUUCCAACCCAAGUAAUGGUGAUGGUAGCUCCUGUCUAUUGUUGUCUGGACUAGGAGUAUUGGCUGUUAUUCCAACCUCACCAUUGCGAUUGACUCAUCUUCUGUGA